AUGGCUCCUCCACGUCCCGACGAGAGCGAUGACGAGUCUGAGCUGUCAGACGUUGAUGUUAGUGAGAUACAAAGUGUAGCUCUUUCAGAUACACCAAGAUCCGCAGCAAAGCGAUUCAUUUCAGAAUCCCCUGAAAUGGACGAGACGAACAGGGAUCUCGAGUCUCAAACCAUUGCAGCAUCAUCAAAUGAGGGCAAAAAUGGUGAAAUCAUCGAUCUUGAUGAUGGACCACAAUUUCAAGAAAAAGGUGAUCAAGAAGGAGGCUUUAUGACGGCAUCCGCGUCUCCGAGGAAUACUAGGCUGUCAAUACAGAGCACUGGGCGCCGAGGCGAGAAGUCCACUACAGAAAUGAACCCUAAAAUGAGCAUCCCAGAGCUGUCAUCAAACACUCUAAAGAGAAAGUCAUUCACAGUUGAAUCUCCCCAAACGGCUACUACGAGUCCUACAGCCCGUAAGCCACAUUUUGGUUCAACUUUCAUUACCCCAAGGGGUCAUUACAGACCACCACCCGCCCAAAAAGCCGAUGAAGAAACUGCUCGUUUAAGGGAGGCCUUAUUGCAUGUAUCAACUGAGGCUACUCAAGCAAUAUUGCGUGAGCAAUGGAGAAACUUCCUUUUUACGAAUGCAGACGAUUCACACAUUACAUUCAUUCUCCGUGCCGGGUUGAAAAAUGCUAAUCCAAAUGUUCUUGCGCGCAUUCUCAAGGAUGCCGGUGUUAUGAAAGAAGCCUUUGUUGAAGUUGUCUCCGCCAAGCAACCCAUUGUCGCCAGGGUCCUCAAGAAUGCUUCUGCAAAUCAGCUCGCAGAUCUCGUACCUAGUAAAGUUCUCGAUCAGGCUUUGUCUGAACGUUUGAAGAGUGUUCCGGCAAAAUCUCUCAUACGGUGGCUGGCUGAAGCUGAUAGACUUGGUUAUAGUCUUGACGAUAUUUUGGAUGAAAAUGAUGAGACCGUCGUGCCACACAUACCAAGUAGGGCGCAAAGUCAUGAUGGCGGUGAUACAGAAAUGACCUAUGAGGCACCAAGGAAUCCUGAACCUCCAUCUUUGGAUCCUCUAGUUGCUGAGCAGCAACGAAUCAUCGCCCUUCAAAAGGCUCAAAUUGAAGCUCGAGCACAUGUACUUGAUGAUUUACGAUGCCCUACCUGCACCUAUAAGUUUGAUACCGUCAGAGGAUAUAAUUUUAAGCGCGUUUGUCUUGGGGAAGAAGGGCAAGAUGAUGAUGAAGCCAUCUUUCAAGACCACCUGGACCGUCCAAACCCGGUCGCGAAUUCUUCACAUACUCAAUAUUUAACAGAUGUUAACAACCAAUCGCAUAUUGACCACCUUCACAAUCCAAACAUUCCCGGACCAACGCACAAUAUCCCUCGACCACCUCUACACACCCCAACAAUGUCUAAGCAUAUUUCAGCAAUCAUCGCUGCCUCUCCUUUGGAUGAAAGGGCUCGCCAAUCACCAUCCGAAUUAACUCCCGAGAAACGUGCUGCUCUAGAAGCUGCUCUCCAAAGAGUAGAAGAAAAAUACGCUGAGGACCAAGCUAGUAUACCCGAUGAUUGGCCUGCAGAUAAACGAGAGGCACGACUUAUUUCUCUUAAAAAUGGCAAUGCAUCCCGUAAAUCACAAAUCCGCAAGUCAUUUGGUGUUACUCUACGUAUGCGCGACAAGGAUAAGGAGGCAAAGAAACGACGUGAGGUUUUAGGCACAAGUUCUCCAUCAGUACCUGCCGGAGUAAAUCGCGUUGCUGAUUUUCCUAAUUUACCAAUGCCUGGUUAUUCAAUGGGUGGUCAGCAGAUGCAUCAGGGGCAACCGCCGACAGGUGUAAGAAUGGAAAUGGUGGAUAUGAGACCUGCUACAGGGUUUUCGCCAAUCAAUGCUCAACCACAACAUCAUUCAUAUUCAAAAGCACCAGAAGGUCCCUAUUCUGUUCCCUCCGGAACUCGAGGAUUUCUUCCAAGCUUUCCACCUACAACACUACCUUCUUCGCUUCCACGACCUGGCUCGGACCAUGAAAAAAAUUCUCAUGGAUAUGAUGGAAUUCGAGAAUCGGAGGAUCAUGCAAAUAAAAGAUUGAAACGUAAUUCCAAUGCAGGAAUAACACAAGCAGAAGAGGAAAGAAGUCGACAUUUUGCACCUUCGAAUUCUGCAUCUAUAGGAAUGCAUGAGAGAAGUGCUUCCGGUUCGAGAGUGAAAGGUAAAGCUGGGGCUCAUGAUGGGUUUGGAAUGCCCGUGCUGGAUAAAAAAAGACCGGGUUCUGCAGGUACAGGCGGAGUGAUGAAUGGAGGUAGUAGACCUAGUUCUGCGGGCUCGGGUGGAGUGGGAAAUACGCAGAGACCUAUUAAGAGAGUACCAGUUGGGGCAAUUCAGAGGAGAUGGGAAGCUUUGAAUGGGAAGGGGCCUGGUAGGAGGGCGGAAGUUGGCGUUUCUACUACUGGGGUUAAGGGCGGAGUUGACGCUGGGGCAGGAGCUGUGGCUGAGCCAGGGGAUAAGUCUGGGGAUGGGGAUAGGUUGAUGAAAAGCGUAGAGGGAGACGGGAAAGAAAAUGAACAAACUGAGGAUAAAAAUAAAACUGCAGAUGUAGCCACGACAGGAAAAGGCAAAGGGAAGGAGCCAAUGAGCUUGAGAGGAAACGUCGUCAAUUUAGUUAGUGAUGAGAGUGCGAGCGAGGGAGGAAGUGCUGGUAUUAGUGGGGAUGAUAGUUAA